UGUAAGAUGUUAUUACAGUUUUCUAACUGACCACAAAGGAAGGAUCUUGCAGAGGGUUGCAGACCAUCAUAUUGGACGAUGUUGCAGGAUACAUUUUGACGAGUCAGGCCUCUCCUGCAAGAUGCUUCGCAUCAACAUCAUUGCAAACGUAUCAACCUCCAAUGCCACCAACGACACUUGUGCCGAUGAGUCGAGAUCAGUUCACAUACCAAUUAUCUUCAUGACUAUCGGCAUCCUCUCCAACGGCGUUGCCCUGGUGAUUCUGGUGAAAGCCUACAAAAGGUUUAGACAGAAAUGGAGAGCAUCCUUCCUGCUGUUUGCCAUCGGACUGGUCUGCACGGACUGCUUGGGCCAUAUCAUCACUGGUUCCAUAACCAUCAGGGUGUAUGCCAUGAACAAAAACUGGACAAGGAUUGACUCCUCGGGACACCUCUGCCCGUUUUUCGGAACCAGUAUGGUUUUCUUCGGCCUCUCAGCCUUGUUCCUUGGCAGUAUCAUGGCAAUUGAGCGGUGCCUGGGCAUCACUCAGCCACUUUUUCACUCUGCCAAGGUGACUGCUCGCCGUGCCAUGUUUAUCCUGGGUGGCACUUGGCUGUUCGCACUGGUAAUCGCUUUGCUCCCUAAUUUCCACUUUGGAAAAUAUACAGUUCAGUACACUCGGACCUGGUGCUUUCUGAACACAAAGGACGUCAAGUUUGGGAUAGACAGUGGAAUUCUGCUCCUGUUCUCCUCAUUGGGAUUGACUGCUCUCAGCACUUCCUUCCUAUGCAACACCAUUAGUGGCGUGACUUUGCUAAGAUCUCAUAUCAAGAACAAGCUUAACAGACAAGGGAAAUCACACCAUAUAGAAAUGUUGGUCCAGUUAAUGACAAUAAUGCUCGUCUCCUGUGUUUGUUGGGGUCCAUUCCUGACACAGAUGGUGUCUCCUUUCCUUGGAUAUCGUGUGGUGAAUCGAAUUGGUUUGACAGCUGGUAUCUCAGAUGCUGGGGACUUCAGGAGAUGA